AAGGGAAGCUAACAGCUGGAGGCUCCGGUCCAACUAGCCGAGCUUAACUAGCCGACACAGACGGGCGGGAGCCAGGCCAAAACAGUCGUCUUCUCCACAUUCAGCCGACCGAUGUUACAUCUAUAGUAAACAUGGAUUUCGACGCGUUAUUCAACGAGAGAACGUUUCAGUUUUCGGACUUCCAGGAGUUCACGUUUCUACCUGGACACCAGAAGUUGACUGAGAGGGUGAGAAAGCGGCUGUAUUAUGGCCUGGACACAGACGUUUCUUUAGAUGCCCUCUCAUGCCCUGUGACAGAUAUUGCCGUCGAAAUCUUCCAGAAGUCUGCCCCAAGCCCGAUACGAAAGCUUCAGAAGAAGUAUGCUGCCCAUGUUUCCAGGGAGGCCUGCAUCUCUCCUUGUGCCAUGAUGCUGGCUCUAGUUUACAUAGAAAGGCUCCGACAUAGAAACCCAGAAUACCUUCAAAAGAUCUCCUCCUCUGACCUCUUCCUGAUCUCCAUGAUGGUUGCCAGCAAAUACCUGUACGACGAAGGUGAAGAAGAAGAAGUUUUCAACGACGAGUGGGGGGCAGCCGGAAAGCUGGACGUCAAAACUAUCAACACCCUGGAGAUGAACUUCUUGAAUGCCAUUGAGUGGAGCCUCUUCACGGAGCCAAAUGACUUUUUGGAUAUUCUUAGUCAGUUGGAAACCAGCAUCGCAGAGCGGCAGGGGAUGAAACGUGGUUGGUUCACCUACACCGACCUCUGUGUGCUACUGGAGCAAUCAGCAUGGAGUCAAGCACUCACAGCCAUUUAUCAGCACUUUAUCAAGGUCUCCUGUAUGCUCGGCCUCGUCUAUCUGACCAGUGUAGCCGGUCUGAUCGCCACCAGCGCUGUGCUGCACCAGCUCAGUCUCUCCAGAAGCGGCCACUCUCUACUUCCACCUCCAGUUGAGAUUAGCCCUGCCCACCUUGACGCCCCAAACCUGAACUCAGACGCUCCCUCUGCAGCCCAACGCGAACCUGGUUGUGUUCUGGCCAACAAGAGUCUGAACCGACUGACCGGGGGAAUCGACCAGCAGCACACCACCUCAAAUCCCCCGUCUGCCCCCUCGCAGACGUCUAUAUUGUGUCUCUGGGGGUCCCUCCUCGCAUCUAUGGGUCACACACAUCCUGAAACUGAUUCUGACAUGGACUCUGCCCAAACCUGGUCUCCUGUCUCGUAUCUCUGCCCUGGCUGUCUUGCAACCCUCCCUCCUCUUCAGUGUGGACUCACAAACACUUCAUCGCUCGUCACUCGCGGCCCCUUCGAUAACAAUCAGCAUCCUACUCCGUGGAUCGCCUCCAGCUUUAUCGGAGGGGCAGAAUCAAGCAUGAACUCUCGCCUUGGGGUGUUUCCUCCCGUACAGCUGGGACCCUGCCACCCUGAGUCUGUGUUACCGGUCAACAAAGCCCAGGCUCUUCUCAUGCCCGGCUAGAGAUCAGCACUCUCUCCUGCUGUCCACCUGUAAACGCAGAGUCUGGAAAGUUAAACGAGCUCCACUUCUAUGAUUCAUCCGGUCAUGUUUCUGUUACUUUUUCCAGAGCGAGAUUACAGGUGCAAAGAGGGAGAGACAUCAGGUGUGUGGGAGACAUCACAGGGUGGAAAAUCACUUCACAAGUUCACAACUCCAAAAUAAAUUUGCCAUAAGCAAAAUUCCACAGUGAUCAGUUGAUCUACAGCUUGAGGUGGAAGCUGAAGGAAAUUUUAGUUCUUUUUUUUUCUUGGCUGCAAACUGAGUGGUGUGCUUCAAAGCAAGAUAAAGGGUUAGCAUGAAGGUAGCUCUCGGAACAGCCUUACCUGGUAAGUACAGGUUAUGUUCAGAGUUUUUUAUUUUAAGAAGCCGCUUUCCCACUUCAGUUCUUCUCCUGACAAAAAUUAAAUGAGUGAUAUACAUUCUUAACCGAGAACAAAAAAAAAAUCCUCUAAGUUUCUAACCACAAAGUAACCGUGGUUACUUCUCCAAACACAAUGGUGUAGCAACGGCAUGCAAUAACAGUAAGCGUCAUGUAGCUGGUUAUUGCAUUCAGUCAGUUAUGUUAGAAAUCUGAGCUCUGCUCCAGUCGUCCUUCUCUUCUAAUAUUUGCUGCAGGUCAAAGUAACUCUUGAGAUUUCACUCAGAAAUGAUUGAAGGAGAUUUAAUUAAGAUUAAGAGAGACACACGGAGGCUGCUUUGAGUUGUAAAUUUACUAAUUUACUCUAAAAGUACAUUUCUGCCAGCUUCUCCUUCUUGGCUUAUUUGCAGAAUCAAUCGUUUUGUAAUCGUUCAUGCUGUUCAUGACAACAGCCUGACUGAAGUAGGCAUUAGGUUGUCUAAAUAAUCGAACCUCGUGUUUUGAAGCGAAACAAUCUCUAAUAUUUUAAUGAUUGUGUCGCAAAGAGCCAAAACUUGAGACGGAGCACUGUGUAAACUGCUCGAGAACAUCGCCCUCGUUUUGGUACCCACACUUAGACAAUAUGUGCGGGAGUUUGCCUGCAUUUUUUGUUAAUGAAGAAGAAAUGACCCAAUGUUGGGUGCCUGGGACUUCUAUUGUUGAUGCGAUGGUAUUGAAACUCAUCAAUAUCAUUAGAUUUUUACUAGAAUCCUAUCAAAGGUUAAGCGUCAUGAGCCUCCUUUCAUGGGAACAGGAACAGUUCGUGGGUUAAAAAGGAAGUUUAUGACUGUCUCUAUGAAAACAGAAAUCUCAGACUGAAGCUUUCAGUUUUGUCCAGCCGGCUAAAAAAAAAAAGAGUGCCUCGUUCUAAUCUUGCUUCGUGGUACACCUCUCAGUUAUGCUCCCAACAUUUAUCCUUUUCUUUUUGAAAGUUCGGACCUGUAUGCCAGGACGAAGGGCUCUUCUUUGCUGAGUGUGUUUUUUUUUUUUUUUUAAAGUUGUGAAGCUGCGUGGCUCGUUAUGAAACAUUAAAGUGUGUGGAGGUUUAACAGAAUAUCUGAAUGAACGGUGAAAGUCUCUUUGUAAGUUGUUGUUUUUUUUUCAUGAUGGGGAUUUGCGAGGAAGAAGGGACUUAACCAGUUACCUGUGUUUACUUAAGUUUGGUUGUGUUUUUCUAACUCGCACACGAGGAACUCUUCAGCAGAUAUAAGUCAGACACACAGCAAGCACUGAUUUUAUGCACCAGAUCCUUUUUUACUGUUUGCAUUUAACCUCAACCCUGUCUUGAUAAUGCAGAAGUUAUCUUCAUACCUCAGUGUAACGUUCACCUCUUAUUCUGAGCAUUUUAUAGCCAAAAUCUUUCUACUUUUCUUUCUAUCGUCUGGUUCUUCCUGAUUUUGUUUUGAAACUGAUUUCACAUGAGUCCAACUUUGUGUAACCGGGUGAAGUUUGGCCAAAGUUUCUCAUGGUGUGUUUGGUGAAGUCGGGGGUUCCUGGUUGGUGUUUUUGAAGUGAGGGUUUAGAAUAUGACAUGCUAAAGGCUCAAGCAGCGUGUUUGCUUUUUAUUUGCACAUUUGGCUGCAUUGUUUUUUUUUGUUGUUGGUUUGCUACAGGACAUUUCACUCCGUUAUUAAUGCAAGUAUCGGUUACUUUUAAACACCAAACAAUGUCACUUCUUUAUAUAUCCACAGUUACACUCAGUCUCCAAGACAUUCACUCGUUUAUAACCGACUCUUUGGACAAACCGCUGUGAGCAUCUGGAUUUGAUACGAUUUGAAAGUCCUUUCAUUUUUGUACAUGGUGUAAAAAGCGAAUAUUGUACAAAUCUGUAGAGCUAAUAAAGAAUGCAUUUCUUUCUGAUA